CAGGUAAGAGCUGGUGGAAAGACGUGAAAGAAAGCGAAUGGACGCCAAAAUGCGUGAUAGGAAACAGUAUUAUAUUUGGGAUAAUGUCGCCAUCGCCCUGCAUGUGGACAAAGAGGUGCUGAAGUUUGAUGCUGAUCAACUGAGAGAGAACCUCAAGUUCUGCCACCAGGGUAAACCAGCUAUCGGGACUUUCGAUAGUUUCGAGGAGGCUACAAACCAAGUUACAGAUCUGUGGCCGGAUUAUGACUCCCCACUGGAGGAGGAGUGUUCACUGGAGCAGUGUUUCACAGACCUCAGACUGGUUCUUGUUGGGAGGACUGGAUCAGGGAAGAGCUCCAGUGGAAACAUCAUACUGGGAAGAGACGCCUUCAGUCCUGCUGGUGCUGCUGCAGGGAACGCUCAGUGCUGUCUGCAGAACGAGAAGGUGUUCGACUGGGAGGUGACCAUCGUCGACACUCCUGGACUCUCAGAAACACCUGAAGUGAAGACAGAGAUCUCCGAAUGCAUCGAUCUGUUGGCCCCGGGGCCCCACGCCUUCCUGCUGGUCAUCAAGGUGGGGACCCUCAUUGCUGAACAACAAAACGCUGUGAGGCAGAUGAAGGAGAUCUUUGGAAAGGAAGCCUGGAGGCACACCUUCAUAGUCCUAAUCUACGACAACCAGUCGGAGUUUCUCCUGAACAGAACCAAAACCGAGUUGCAGAGAAUCCUGAACGGUAGAGUGGAAGACAGAUGCUACAUCCUCAAACGCAACCCCAGUAACUACAAGCAAGUCUGGGAUCUGCUGGAUGCUGUGGCCAAGAUGGUUGUAACAAAUGGAGGGCAGGUCUUCUCGCUGAAUGGGCACCGGCCGACCAGACGACGAGGCAGGUUGUCCUCUGACCGCCGCAUGUUGAUUAGAUGGCGGCGAGGCAAAAAAUCUCCAUCAUCCGGUCUUCGUUCCCCUCCCACCACUCUGAUUCUUGGCGACGCAAUCAUUAGGAACGUUUCUUUCUAUGAGGCAGAAAUACACAGUUUUCCAGGCGCCACGGUCUCCGUUAUACACAAUAAACUCCAGGAUCUGCUGCCUUCCCUCCCAUCCAUCCAGAGAGUCAUCAUCCAUGUGGGAGGAUCUGACAUCGUCAAUCAACAGUUGGAGUACACCAAAAACGACUUCAUCAAACUUUUUGACUUUUUAAAACAAUGCAGCAAGGAUGUGUUUAUCUCAGGUCCCAUUCCUGCCCUGAAUCGGGGCAGUUGUUGGUUCUCCAGAACCUUCAGCCUCCACACCCGGCUCCAGGAGAUCUGCGAGAGCCAGCGUUUAGAAUACAUCGACAAUUUCGAUGUGUUCUGGAAACGCUGGUAUUUAUUUGCUCCAAACGGAGUCUAUCUAAACAAGCUUGGCUCAUACAAGCUAGCUGCUAAUAUGAAGCGCACUGUAUGGUCUAGUGGAUGUGGCUGACUGUUUACACUUUGGUCCUCCUCUUCUACAGUUUCCAGCCCUGGCGCCCCCUGCUGUCCUUUCCCAGCUACAACACCUGUUAUCUCCUCACUGCAGCUGUUGUCCUGAGUACUUUCACGAAGUAACUUUCAUUAAAACGGUGUUCCUAAAUGUAAGUUCUGCUUCUACUAAGACCUUUAGUCUUAAUAAUUUCAUCUCCACCACCGCCCUGAACAUUUUAUUUUUGACUGAAACCUGAUUGGAACGUGGUGAAUACAGCCAGCAUUUGGAUCUUUGGCCACCAAAUUACAAGUUUUUAUCAUCAAUUGUUUUAAACUUUGACAGGACUUUAACUUGUGGAGAUUUGAACUUCCAGACUCCAAAGUCAUUGCUGGUAAAUUUUGUAGCACUUUGGACGCUUUAAAUUUCACACAGACCUACUCACAACAAUGACCGCGGUUUGGAUUUGGUUUUUACAUCGGGAUGACAAUCAUUGACUUGGAAGUAGAGGAGUUGCAGCUCUCAGAUCCAACUACCCACACGUUCUCAAGAUACCUUCAGACUCCCAAAGCACAACCCCUUCAAUCAAACCCUCAACAAUUAAUCUGUGACUUUAACUCAACCUGUGGACAUAUGCUGGACCCUGUCGCACCACUGAGAGUGAGAAAACCAAGAGCUAAACCUCAGCUUUGCUUUAUAGACCACAAGACCACAUCCACGCUCUUCGGCAGCCACGAUGAAAAGCUAAACAUAAACGGACAAUGGACGGGUUACAAGCUUUAUAUUCUGAAAGUCAUCUGGUACUUUACAGGUGUUCAGUAAAAGCUGCAAGAGCAAAUUAACUUUCUACUAUCAUUUAUAACAACUGUAUAUAGCCCAAAAGCCCCAUUUCACACAAUCAAACAAAGUCCAGGGUUCUGAAGAAGAUAACUGUUUCAAUUCUCAAAUUAUUCUCCAUUAAUAGUCAUUCCACUGAUACAUCUGUUCUCCUAUCUAUCUACGUUCAUGUCAGCAUUUUUGUUCUAUUAUCUUUAUUUUUUCUAUAUCUAUUAUGUGCUUUUGUAGUUAUUGCAACACAAUAUUUUUAAAGUCAAGCUUCAGUUUAACAGUUAUUGUGUGGUACAUUUAACAUGGGAUGCAGCUUCAUUAAAUGAGACACCAUUAAAGGACGAUGGCAUGAAUCUGUUAAACAUUCACUAUAUCUGAGUGCUGAGGAAAUCAACUCAGGGACAAACAGAGUAUUAAUAUUCGUGUUCUGUUAAACUAACACAGGACUACGGAGUAGUGAGAGUGCCAAACUACAAAAAUAAAUCUAUAAAAGACUCAGCAAAUAUAAGUGGAAAUAUAAAGACGAAUAAAUGAAAUAAUAAUAAAAAAGAAGAAGAAACGUGCUCAUAAAUAAAACAAAAAAUAAUGUCACAAUAUAAAGCAAUAUUAAUCAAACAAUGAAUCAAAAAAGAAAAGGCUUAUAAAAAUGAUCCAAGAUGGCGGCACGUGCAGACGCAGUGGCUUCUCUCUCUCCCUAAUAUCUUAUUUUCUUAAUAUCUUAUUUUCUAAGUGUUUAUUUAAUGUCUACUGUUGCACUAAGAGAGAGUAACAAAAUUUCGAUUCUUGGUAUCUCAUGUACAUAUUGAAGAAUUGACAAUAAAGCUGACUUUGACUUUGAAAACAGGACACAGUGAGGUAAAACAUAUGUUAUCUGGCUAAUUCCACCAUAAUUUUUAUCGGUACUGUUUUAUCGGUACGGAAAGCUAAAUUUUUCAAGUUCGACUCACAUUUUUAAUAAGCAAAUUGACAUUUCUAGAUAAAACAGGUGAAACUUCUCACUAAUAACCAAGUAAACUGGUUGUAACUGAAUUUGUAGUGGCCUAGCUAAUGUUAGCAUGUUCAUGUAAACUAAUGCUAGCAUUACAAGCUAAUUCUAAUUACUACUUAAAACUUUUCUACAGCUUGGGGUGACUGUGGAUCAGCUGGCAGAGUGGUUACCCUAAAAUCAUAAGAUCAUGGCGUCUGUACCAACUUUUCAAUAUUGAGCUUUACAAGCUGCAAAUACGGAAUUCGUACCAAACAUGGCUCCAAAACUAAAUGUAAAUCACAUUAAGGAGAUGUGUGCUUUUAAUGUAUGGCUUUAUAUUGGGUAUAAAUGCUUAGCUUUAAAUAUUUGUAACUGAAUUAUCAAUGUAAACACACUUAUAGUUUCAACAGAAUAUGAAGGCCGUCAUCUAUAGUGUGUCUGGUUAUAGCCUGGUCAGUAGACUCUGAAAUGUUCUUUUAGGAUGCAGGUAAUUCAAUUUCGGACACGGACAAAAAUACUGUUUAAAGGGCAUUUGAACAAGACUGUGAUAUUUGUGUUUAAUGAGUGCCUUUACAAUGUUGACUUCAUACUAACAGCCUUUGUCAAUCAGAAAAAUGUAUAAAGUUGAUGUUUUUUUUUCAAAUUUUGUGUCUACAUGAAUAUUAAAUUUCUUCAAGGAGUGUUAAA